AUGGACAAUCAAAAAGAGAGAAUAAAAAAAUUUGUUCACCUCGUACUUGUUCCUUGUCCUUUACAAGGCCACAUGAGCCCUAUGCUUCACUUGGCCAAACUUCUUCACUCCAAAGGAUUUCUCAUCACCAUCAUUUGCACGCAACUCGACCCAGCUUCUCCGUCUUGUUAUCCCAAUUUAUCUUUCAAAACAUUAUUCGAUAUCGACGCGAUCGCUUCGGAAUUAAGCUACAAUUCCUUUGAUGGGGAUGUUGUGCUCUAUCUUUGUGUGCUCAACAAUAAGUGCACAACCCCAUUCAGAGAUUGCUUGUCAAAGUUGCAACAAAAUAGCUCUUAUGGCCCUGUCUCAUGCAUUGUGUAUGACGCUGUCAUGUACUUCGCCGCAGCCAUUGCUGAUGAAGUUGACAUCCCUAGGAUUGUAUUGAGAACAAGCAGUGCCACAACUUUCUUGGCUCUCUCGCUAGAUCUCAAGCAAACGGAUUUAAUAACCAAAGAAAUCCAUUUUUCGGAGCAACCAAUUUCGGAAUUCCCCUUACUUCGGGGCAAGGACUUGCCGAUUUUUAACAGUUCCGACGACGAAGCCAAAGAAGAAGUCCUGCUCAAAAUUCACCAUGGAACGGAGACAGCUUCAGCAGUCAUUUGGAAUUCUCUUCAAUGCCUUGAGCAGGCAAUUCUCAAGAAAGCUCAAGAUAAAAUUCUAUCUCCAAUCUACCCUAUAUGCCCAACCCUUCACUAUAAUAACCAAAACGGCUUCUCACUUAUAAUUAAAAGUUCAUACACUGAGGAUGAAAGUUGCAUUUCUUGGUUAGAUACACAAACUCCAAACUCAGUCAUUUAUGUGAGCAUAGGAAGCAUAGUGAAAAUAACCCAAAGUGAGUUUCUUGAGAUGGCUUGGGGACUAGCCAAUAGUGACCAACCUUUUUUAUGGGUGGUUAGACCUGGUCUAGUGAUAAGUGGUUCAAAUGGGCUUGAACUUUUGCCAAAUGGGUUCACUGAGAUAAUAAGGAAAAAAGGAAAGGUGGUCGAAUGGGCUCCACAACAGAGAGUGUUGGCCCACAGAUCGGUUGGUGGGUUUUGGACACAUAAUGGGUGGAAUUCAACAAUUGAGAGUGUGCAUGCAGGAGUGCCCAUGAUUUGUUGGCCCAGGAUUGGGGACCAGAGAGUUAAUGCAAGGAUUGUGAACCAUGUUUGGAAGGUGGGAAUCCAGUUGGAAGAAAAUUUGGAGAGAUGGAAAGUGGAGAGUGCCAUUAGGAGACUGAUGGUGAGGAAAGAAGGAGGUGAGAUGAGGAAGAGAGCAGUGGAAUUGAAGGAGAAGGUGACAGUUUCUUUGGGACAAGGAGGUUCUUCUUGUGAGUUUCUUGGCAAGUUGGUUGAUUUUAUCAGGUUGUUAUGA